AUGGCAGGACAUGCCUGUACUUUCCCCUCCACCACACCCGAGCACACUUCCGCCUCUGCAGAAACCAGCUGCGUUUUCCCCUUGAUGCGGGGCAGAGCCCGCAGGGCCAUCGGGGCCGCCCGGGGCAUGGCACAGAGUGUGGUCUACGCCGACCUGAAGUUUGCCGCUGGCCCCUCAUCCGCCGUCCCCGACGACGAUGACAGUCCCUACGAGAACGUGCCGCUGGGGCCGGUGAUAGCAGAGCCCAGCCCAGGGCGCUGGACCCGGCGAUGGCGCGUCCCCAAAGCGCUGCUGGCAGCCAGCCUGCUUCUGCUGCUGCUGGUGGUGGCCGUCGUGGCCCUGGGGGCUUGCUACUGGCAGGUCACCCGCAGCCUGCAGGACACAACCCGUGAGCACACGGCCGAGCAGGGCCGCCUGUCACAGGCGCUGAGGGCACGGGAGCAGAGCCUGGAGCAGACACAGCAGGAGCUGGCACGGGCCAGAGAGGAGCUGCAGCAAGCAUGGCACAAGGGUAACAUCACCCAGAAGGAGCUGGAAAGCAGGAAUGCUGCCCUGGGACAUACCCAGCAGGAGCUGGCUGUGUUGCAGGAGGAGAUGCAGGUGGUGCAGGGGAAGCUCAGCACCAGUGAGAGCACUGUGAGCAGCCUGCGUGCCUGCGUGAACACAGACUGCUGCCCCAGGGGCUGGGUGCUCUUCAGGAGCAAGUGUCUCUACAUCUCGGUGACAAAGAAGACCUGGCAGGAGAGCCAGCAAGACUGUACAGGGAAAUCUGCUCUACUGCUGGUCCAUGAGAAUGGGGCAUCAUUGACAGUGCCGCAUUUUGUGCAUGCAUCUAAUGCAAGCUACUGGAUUGGAGCAAGGAGAUAUGUGUGGAUGGACCACUCAUACCCCUCACGCCAUAAUUCAGACUGCUGGUCAGUAGUUAAUGGGGAAUUGUGGAAGAAAUCGUGUGGGAAUCUCUUCCUGUGGAUCUGCGAGAAAUCCCCAAAGCUGAACAGUGCAUCUGAGACCCCACCUCCUUUUCUGGCCAAGGACUAACUGCUGCCACCCCCCUCCAUCACUGGACUCAGGAACAGGACCUGGGGUUGCACCCUGAGAUCCUGUUCCCUGUGCACACUUUGCCUCAUUUGCAUUGCAAAACUGCUGGGAAAACGUAUCUCUAUUUUAAAGCAAGGAUUAUGGAAAACAGACUUUAUUCUCCCACACUCAUGCAUACACAUAUUAUACUGCUUUGUACUGCAUGUCCCUAUGUGCCUUGGUCAGUGCAACUCUGAGCCCAGGUCCCCAGUGCACAGCUCAGCUCCCACCUUCUUUGUUGCCCCAAGGCUGCCAGGGGUGCAGGAUUUGCCUUUCACAUCUUUUUGGAGCUGGAAGGUGACACACUGAUGUCCUCAACCUGUCCAUUUGUGGGACACCUGUGGAUUGACAGCUCUCAUCUUGCCCUUUUUUCUGCCUUCAUCACCUGCCCAGGGCUUUGGGCUGGGUCCUGCCUGAAAAAGGUGCUGACAGUGGUGCCAUCAGCAUCAGAAAAUGCUUGGAAGCCCUGAGACCACAUAGGAUGUGGGGGAGUUCUGGGGAACUUUGAAAACAUGGUGGAUGAAUGAGGAAACUCUGAAACCAUGGGAGCAAAGCAAGAGCAAUGAAGAGCCCUAAGACUGUGGGUGGUGAAUGUGGAAAUCCUGAGACUAUGGAAAGAAAGGGGUGCAGUGGAACUGCAAAUGAGGGGCGUCCUGAAAAAAUGGAGGUGCACUGAUAAGACAGUGGGAGAGAGGAAGGAGCACUGGAGAGACUUGGGAACAUGGGGAAAGGGGGAGACCCCUGCCACCAAGGGGGAAAGAUCCCUAAGAAUGUGGUGAGACUUUAUCUGCCAAAGGAGGGUGAUGAGAGACCCCUGUCCAGGACCCAGCUGGGGUGUGUGGGGCAGUCCAGAAGCAGUGAUAACCCUCUCUCUCAUUCAGUGUCUCUGCAGAGAGGGGAAUGUGUUUGCAACCAUUUUGCUAAGAUGGAUUUGAGACAGGCAGCAAGGCUUCACCGCAAGUUGUGCCCAACCAACACAGUGCCCUUCUACAAUGGAGCUACACAGGUGUUCUGUCUGGACUUCUGUAAAGCCUUCAACACAGUCCCCCUCUAAAUCUGAGAGAAAUGGAUUCAGUGGGUGAACUGUUCAGUGGAUAAGGUUGGACAGCUGCAUCCAGAAGAUAAUGGUCAAUGGCUUAGUGUCCUGAUGUGGACUGAUAAUCUUGGCCCUCAGGGAUACAUCUUGGGACGAAAGUUAUUUAGUACUUUUGUCAACAACAUGAAGAGCGGGACCAACUGCAACCUCACCAAGUUUGCAGAUGACACCAAGCUGAGGUGUGAGGAUACACACAAAGGAUGGGAUGCCAUCCAGAGGGACCUGGACAAGCUCGAGGAGUGGCCCAUGGCAACAUCAUGAGAUUUAACAAGGCCAAGUGCUGGUGCUGCACCUGGGUUGGGACAGUCCCCAGCAUCAGCACAGGCUGGCCAUGAACAGAUGGAGCAGCCCUGCCCACAAGGACUUGGGGGUGCUGCUGGGUGAGGGGCUGGACAUGCCCCGGCCAUGGCACUCACAGCCCAGAGAGCCAAACGUGUCCUGGGCUGCAUCCAGAGCCCCGUGGGCAGGAGGGGAGGGAGGGGAUUCUGCCCCUCUGCUCUGCUCUGCUGAGACCCAGCUGGAGCUCUGCAUCCAGAGCUGGGAUCCCAGCAUGGGAAGGACAGGGACCUGCUGGAGAGAGCCCAGAGGAGGCCAUCAAGAUUAUCAAAGGGAUGGAGCACCUCUGCAGUGAGGAGAAUUGGUAUUGUUCAGCCUGGAGAAGAGAAGGCUUCAGAGAAAACGUACUGUGGCCUUCCAGUACCAAAAGGGGCUACAAGAAAGCUGGAGACUUUACACAAGGGCUUGUGGCAAAAGCACAAGGGGGAAUGGCUUCAGACUGAGAGGGCAGUUCCUAGGACAACUUCCAUAGAAGGAGGCUGAUGGAGCCAGCCUAUUAGCAUGGCAAGGCUGGGACAGGACUGCAGUUCCUCUACAGUGUUGGCUAUCGUGCAAAACAAAGACUUGCUGUGUCUGGCUUGUCCUGGAGACUCCAGAUGUCCUCCCUGCUCCUAAUGCCCUGAGCUCCAGCCUCUACUGCUCACAGUGUUGUAGUUGCCACUACAAGGACACUCUGCAGACCCCAUCCAGCCUCUGAUUCCUGAUUUCCUUAGGCUGGUUCAGCAUCACUGCUUACUUGCCCAUCUUGAUGUGUGGCUUCUCCUUCCUUCCCAGCUGCAGGAUUUGCACUUUUACCCACUCCAAUAUCAGCAGGCUCCCAUCAAACCAUUUCUCAGGCCUCUCUGUACCCCAGUCCUGCCCUCCAGUAUACACACUACUGGUUUGGUACUGCCCUCCAGCUGCCUGAGGCCACUCCCUACCCAUCAUCCAGCGCACUGAUGAAGGCUCCAAGGAGUAUAAACCCCGGGAUUGACCUUUCAGCUAUUGCCAAGGGAACGAGAGCAUUCCUGACACCCACUGCAGCCCUCACACCAUUCAGGUUUUCCACUCACCCUCUUCUCCUCUUCUGACCUCAUAUAUCCCCACUUUGCCAAUGAGGAGACCAUGGAAAACCAUGUCCCAGAUCUCAAAGGUUAAUGGUAAAUGUCCCCCAUUGCUCUCCCCCUAUCCACAGCCCAUUGUUCCCACAGCAGCAGGCAGGCCAGACAGGCAUCACCUGUCCUUGGUAAAUCCUGCCUGGCUUUCCCCAUCCGUACUGGACGGUCACAUGCCCAUGAGGUGUGCUACAACUUCUUCCUGGUAUCAAGGAGGCAGAACAAAGCUCAGCUCUGGACAGGUGGCAUAGGGAUAAGAAAGGGCAAGACAGGAGCCAGCAGGAAAUAGUGGCAGAGGCAAGGGGCAGCCAGGAAAACUAACAGAAUCCUCAAAGGGACACCAAUCUUACCUACCUUCACCAAACCACCCUGCGUGGAAGGCAGCAGAGGAGAGCUGGAAGGCUGGUACAGCUGUCCCCUUGUUGAGGAAUACUUCUGCUCCAGGUGGCUGGGCUUGCAAGGCACAGAGAGAGAUGGAGAAAAGUGCAGAUUGAGCUCUGGGAGGGAGCCCGAGGCAAGGGGCUAUGAACUGCCAACCUUUGGGAUAGCAAAGGGCAGGAAGAUGAAUGGUGCCAGACAGAUAUAUGGACACUGAGAGACACAGCAGGAGAUAGGAAUUGCUGACCUUUUGGAUAAUGGUGGAGAUGGGUGACAAAAGCAAGGUGGAUGGACACAGAGAGGAGGCAGGAGAAGAGAACUGAGGAGGAGGAGCAAGGCUUGAGUACAAGCAGACAUUGAGGGGAUAAAAGCCAUGGGGUUCCUUUGUUGGGCAUCCCUCCUCAAAGGAACCAUCUCGAGCUAUUUCUGUG